AUGAAUACUUUACCAAGAUAUCUAUCAAAUACAUUCAAUAUUGUCAAGUCUAAACCAAACCCAAUUGUUGUAUUUGGAGUUGGUAAUUAUGGAUCAUUAACAUGUCGUAGUAGUAUUGGAUCAAGAACAAUUGAAUAUUUAUUAAAAGGAUUGAAUAUGAAAUGGAUGGACUUUAAAGAAUGCAGUACUAGAAUAGCAUACAACCAAGAGAAUCAUUUAUUAUUCAUUCAACCAGAUACCUACCUCGUCAAGGACAAUCACGAAGUAUUGAGACGAUGCAUCAAGUUGAUGCCAAACAUUCGUGCCGACUCUUUUGUUGCACUUCAUUACGAACAUCUCUACAAGUUGGGUGUUGUUGAUCGUGUUAUUGGUGGUCGUACCUCACACAACCCAGGUCUCACUGGUUUGACCUCUGUUUUCCAAACCGAACAAUAUCACAGAGUAUCUAUGGGUGUUGCUCAUCCAGUAGAUGAUAUCACCUUUGAACAUACUCUCUACUCCAUGUCAGAGGUUUACGCCGAUCUCCAAACACCAUUCCUUUUAAAUCGUUUCCCAGAUGUUCAAAUGGAUCUCGUCGACAAGGUCGUCCUUCCAUACGCUUGCAAUGAAGCUCUCAUUGCCAUCUCUGAAAUUAAACAACGUAACGAUCUCGAAGCCGCCUCAUCUUCUAAACUUUCAACAUUUAUUUCACCUAGAUUAGAUGCUAAAUCAGUUUUAAAGAUGUAA